AUGGACUCCUCUCCACAAUCUAAGCACACCGAGCCGACGCUGCCUCCCCCGGCGGCCGGCACCAAGCGUCCGGCCCCGACCUUGCUGCCACCAUUCGAACCUCUCUCUUCUUCUCCCGGUCUCCCUCGUCCAGCUAAACGCCAAGCACGCGCAGGUUCGGUCGGGGGCAGUGCAUAUCUGAAGUACCCAACUCCGAUCCCCACUUCCAGCACCGGCAUCCUCUCCUCGUCCCCGCCGGGAGUCAGUCGGAGAACAGCGACGCUCACUCGAUCCCAAUCGUCCGUUUCGGAACGCGCCCCUCUGUCGGCAGUACCUUCUAUCGUGCUCAAUGGCAACGGCGAGACUCUCCUGAUGGGUCGAUCCAGCAACUCGUCCAACUACCAGCUAUCUGCGAACCGGCUCGUAUCGAGAGUACACGUCAAGGCCAGAUAUAUUCCGGCAUCCUCUCCACUCGAGCCCAACAAGAUUGAGAUUGUGUGCAAUGGGUGGAACGGGCUCAAGCUCCACUGCCAAGGACGUACGUACGAGCUCUACAAGGGCGAUUCGUUCACGUCGGAGACCGAGGGUACGGAAAUGAUGCUGGAUGUGCAAGACGCGCGUGUCAUGAUUCAGUGGCCCAAGAGGGACACGCCAUCAAAUCUCUCCGACGCUUCCUGGGAUGACUCUCCCCGGUCUCGUGUUGGUCCCGGCAGCGCACUGCAGUCGAGCCCCCUCCGGCGGUCGACGCGGAUCGAAUCCCCAGAAUCUCCAACACCAGCUACUACUAACUUGGCUAGCUCGAGGAGGCUGCAGAUGUUGCUCCCUAACGAAAGGGAUGACAACGGAAGCGGCGACAACGUUGAAAUCUACGUAGAUCCCAGCGGUGACGAGGGCGAGGUAGUCCAGCAGUCGAUAGAAACCGGGAUGGAUCCCAACUUAAGCCACACCACUGACAUGACCCAAUCGUUCUCGUCGGAUCUUAGCGACCCCGAGGAGGACGAGGAGAAUGAUCCUGAUGAGGAAAACGACCCAAUCGUGCAUUCUUUCGGACCGUUCGGUGCAAACCUCUCCAAGCGCCUCGCCUCCAUCACCGCCUCGUCUCCCAAAGUGAAUAGGUCGCCCAAGCGCUCAAGACUACCAGCCUUGCGUGAGCAGCGUGACUCGGCCCCUAGCAGUCCUCCGGUAAAGUGCGAAAAUGAUCGGUCAGCAACAGUUUCGGCAGAGCCGGAGGAGGAGGAAUACUCGAACCCGGUUGUCUCCAACCACGUCAUCAAUCAGCUCGCCUACUCGCGUCUUUCAUCAACCCCGCUGUCCACUAUUAUGCACAACUUGCCUAGUGAGGAACAGAAGAACAUCACCAAGGUCCAGCUGCAGAAGUUGAUCGAGUCGACGGUGUGCAUCGGCAUCAUCGAACGCCAGGGCAAGGAUGCGGCGGGUAAACCGCUAGAGAGCGAGUACUAUUAUGUUCCCGAGAAGGAUACGGAUGAGCAGAGGCGAACUGCAGUCGUUGAUGGCCUCAGGAAGCCAAGCUUGCGCGCCUGUCGAAAACAACACAAGCAAUACUACUGGAAGCGACCGAAGACCCCGUAA